UAGCAACCAACUUCACGCAAUAGGUCCCAAGCCCCAUUCCAUUUUAUGGACGACAUGUUCAAAAAUUUUCUUCUCCUGUCGCAUUCUAUCUUCAUCCUCGAAAUCCUCUUAAGUGUUAGUGUCUACAAUAAAAAAUUGUAUUGAAUUUUUAUUGUGAAUCAGUUAUAAACUGAUAUUUAGUGAAAUUAAUGCUCAUUACAUGAAAUAUACGAAGUUGUGAGCGCGACAAUUUUUGGAGACGCCACGGUUCAUGGUUGGCAAUAAAAUCCAAUGUGCUUGUCAAUUUUUGAGUGUUUUUUGGGUGAAAUAAGCAUCUGCAGUACUCAGGAGCAAGGAUUCUAUCGAUUUUUAACACGUGUUUUACUACCGCAAUUUUGUUUACCGUCUACUUUUGGAGCAAAUGACUCUGAUCAUCUUUACCACAUGCGUUGUUCAAAUUCUGCAAUUAACUUUAGGAUAUUUCAGUUGAUCCAGUGUCACCAUCAGUGUAAGUAUUGCAGUCGCAUUCUUGUUUACCGUCUACAGCUGUCCGAGCAAUUGACUUCCGAACUCUACACCACAUGCGUGCUUCCCGUUCUUGAAUCAACUUUGUGAUUCCAAUUUGUAAUCAGUGUCAUCAUCAGUGCAAGUAUUACCGUCGCAAUUUCGUUUACCGUCUACCGCUGGUCGAACAAUUGACUUCUGCAAUCCACACCACAUGCGUGCUUCCCGUUCUUGAAUCAACUUUGUGAUUCCAAUUUGUAAUCAGUGUCGUCAUCAGUGCACGGUGUGUUUUGCUUGAAUUCAAUUUCAAUAAACGAAUCAUUAUAAAAAAUCAAAUAUUUUCAGAAAAGAAAUUGGAAAAAAAAAUUUUGCAAUAAUUCAAGUUUU